GAAAUCAAAGCUUGUAGAUCCUCAACAGCCGGGAGGAAGCGACGAAGAUGAAGCGAUUGUUCAGUGUUUCGGCGUUUCUUGUGUUUCUUUGCUUUUGGGGCGGGGAGUGCAAGUAUAUGGUGUAUGAUACUUCUCAAAGAAUCCUAGCCGACAAGAUCAAUGUUCAUUUGGUACCUCACUCUCAUGAUGACGUCGGCUGGCUGAAGACCGUCGAUCAGUACUACACCGGUGCUAACAAUUCCAUUCGAGGUGCCUGUGUUCAAAACGUGUUGGAUUCCGUGAUUUCGGCUUUGCUCGAUGACAAGAAUCGCAAGUUCAUCUACGUUGAAAUCGCAUUCUUCCAGCGAUGGUGGAACCAGCAGAGCGGACUACUUAAGACUAAAGUCAAGGAGCUCGUCAAUUCUGGUCAACUUGAGUUCAUAAAUGGGGGUAUGUGCAUGCACGAUGAGGCAACACCACAUUACAUAGACUUGAUCGAUCAAACAACUUUGGGACACAUGUUUAUACACAGGGAGUUUGGUCAAAAACCUAGAGUUGGUUGGCAGAUAGAUCCUUUUGGCCACUCCUCUGUUCAAGCUUACUUGCUGGGUGCUGAGGUGGGAUUUGACUCUCUCUUCUUUGCUCGAAUGGAUUAUCAAGACAGGGCUAAGCGCAAAUGUGAUAAGACUCUUGAGGUUGUCUGGCAGGGUUCUAGGUCUCUUGGUUCAUCUUCGCAGUUAUUUACUGGUAUAUUUCCCCGACAUUAUGAUCCCCCUGAUGGUUUCACAUUUGAAAUAAAUGAUGUAUCUCCUCCUAUUCAGGUAAAUGCAUCAAAAACAAGUUGUGUGAUAUCAUAUUUUUGGUGCUUUUGCUUAGUUACUAAUUCUACUUUAAAGGAUGAUGUUCUCCUCUUUGACUACAAUGUUCAAGAGCGGGUAAAUGAUUUUGUAGCUGCUGCCAUGGCCCAGGCUAAUGUAACAAGGACAAACCAUAUAAUGUGGGCAAUGGGAACCGAUUUCCGGUAUCAAUAUGCACUUUCAUGGUUCAGGCAGAUGGACAAAUUUAUUCAUUAUGUUAACCUGGAUGGUCGUGUGAAUGCACUAUAUUCUACUCCAUCCAUUUACACAGAUGCAAAAUAUGCAGCUAAUGAAACAUGGCCUCUGAAAACUGGUGACUUCUUCCCAUAUGCAGAUAAAGAAAAUACCUAUUGGACAGGAUACUUUACUAGCAGGCCAGCUUUUAAAGGUUAUGUCAGGACAAUGAGCGGUUACUAUGUGGCUGCAAGGCAGUUAGAAUUUUACAAGGGCAGGAGCAGUUCCGGACCAAAUACAGAUGCCCUGGCCAAUGCUCUGGCAAUUGCUCAGCAUCAUGAUGCAGUUAGUGGUACACAACGGCAGCAUGUGGCUGCUGAUUAUGCAAUGCGUAUCUCAAUAGGCUAUGCAGAGGCUGAGGAAGUAGUUGCUUCGACAUUAGCAUAUCUAACAACGUCAAGAUCAAGUGCCAACUAUGAAAAAUCAGUUGGCAUGUUUCAGCAGUGUCCUCUCCUUAACAUAAGCUACUGUCCUCCAUCAGAAGUUGUUUUGGCUAAUGGAAAGAGUUUGGUGGUAGUUGUCUACAACUCCCUAGGAUGGAAGAGAGAAGAAGUGGUCCGAGUUCCUGUUUCCUCCCAUGAAUUAAUCGUCCUGGAUUCAAGUGGAAGAGAAAUUGAAUCACAGCUCCUUCCCAUAUUCAAUUCCUCUUUGAACAUGAGGGACUACCAUGUUAAAGCAUAUCUUGGUAAAUCUCCAAGCACUACACCCCAGUAUUGGCUUGGAUUUACAGCAACCACGCCACCUCUUGGUUUCAGCACGUACAUCAUCUCAAGUGCAAAGCACACAGAUAGAAGUUCAAUAAUGUCAACAAUGUGGACAUCCGACAGUACUAGUGAUAAAACUGUAGUAGUUGGUGGAGGAGAUUUGAAGCUGCUUUAUGCUACAGAUGAGGGCAAGCUUACAAGUUAUAUCAAUAACAGAAACAUGGUUGAAGAAUCAAUGGAACACUCAUACAGCUACUAUUCUGGGUAUAAUGGCACAGAUCAGGCCUCUGGAGCUUAUAUCUUCCGUCCUAAUGGUACAUUUCUGAUAAAAUCCGAAGGGGAGAAAGCUUUUACUAUUCUAAGGGGUCCCCUAAUGGAUGAAGUGCACCAACAGCUCAACUCCUGGAUAUAUCAGGUCACCCGUGUAUACAAGGAGAAGGAACAUGCUGAAGUUGAGUUUAUCAUUGGACCUAUCCCUGUAGAUGAUGGUGUUGGGAAAGAAAUAACAACUCAGAUCACGACUGCCUUCAAGACGAACAAGACGUUCUAUACUGAUUCUAAUGGGAGAGACUUCAUUAAAAGGGUACGUGAUUUCAGAACAGACUGGGACUUGCAAGUGAACCAACCAGUUGCUGGAAAUUAUUACCCAAUAAAUCUUGGAGCUUAUGUUGGGGAUGGAAGGAUGGAACUGUCGGUGCUGGUGGAUCGUGCGGUUGGGGGCUCGAGUUUAGUAGAUGGUCAAAUAGAACUAAUGCUCCAUAGGAGGCUACUAUGCGAUGAUUUGAAAGGUGUUGGAGAGGUGCUAAAUGAGACCAUCUGUGUCCUCAAUGAUUGCAAGGGCUUGGUGGUCCAGGGAAAAUUUUAUUUUAGAAUCGAUCCCGUAGGAACUGGAGCCAAGUGGCGUCGCACAUUUGGUCAAGAAAUUUAUUCUCCACUCCUUCUAGCAUUUUCAGAACAGGAUGAAAAUGAAUGGAAAAAUUCUCACGUAUCAUCCUUCUCAAUGAUUGAUGCAUCCUAUAGCUUGCCAAACAACAUAGCCGUUAUAACUCUACAGGAGCUUGAAAGUGGAAAAGUACUUGUUCGUUUGGCUCAUCUUUACGAGGUGGGGGAGGACAAAGAUUAUUCUGUAAUGGCAACCGUGGAGCUGAAGAAGCUGUUUCCUAAUAGGAAGAUAAGCAAGGUGACUGAGAUGAAUCUGUCGGGUAAUCAAGAAAGAGGUGAGAUGGAGAGGAAGAGGCUAGCUUGGAAAGUGAAGGACUUAUCAGAAGUCAAGAUUGUGAGGGGAGGUGCUGUUGAUUCUGAAAAGCAAGUAGUGGAACUGGGGCCUAUGGAAAUCCGGACAUUCAUCAUUGAUUUGGAUUAUCUCGGGAUGUUUGGUUCGGUUCCAAGUGAUGAAUGAGCGGAGGAUGGAUAUUUGGUUGUGAAUGAUGAGAUGCAAAUGGAGUGUGUUGUGAGGUGUUUUUAUUUGAUUUAGUCCAGUGCUGCAAGUAGUAGUGCUACAUACACAAUCAAAAGGGCAAUAGCCUCUUGUAAAGCAGGACAAAUGAUGUUGGGGUGUGUUUUGCAACUGUUGCUUUAAUUUGAGUUGCUCAUACAAAAACAUUUGUUGAAGAGGCACGUGGGUCUUGGUGAAGCAAAUACAGACAUGUAUAUGAUGGUUGCUGAAAAGAACGUUUAUGUACUUGCU